UCUCUCCCCCAAAAUCGAUUGUUGGUGGCUACGGUUAUUUCUCUCACUUAUACCAAGUCCAUUCUAUCCCCCGUUUUCUCUCCACAAAUCUCUCUCUUACUCUCCCCGUUUCCUGCUCUAUCUGGAGUUGCAACCGUUGUUCUUUUGCUGCCCUCCUCUUCUUCUGUCCACCUAAUUCGCUUGAUCUCAGUCUCAGUCAACCUCUACUUGAUCUGGGAAGAGGUUGCUGUCUUGGGUUGGCUCCUGUUCAAGUGAUUUGAAGGUAUCCAAGAGUCUGCUUGGAGAGGGGGGAAUCAGGGGAUUAAGCAUAAUUAGGAUUUGAAUUUCCAUGGAUUUUUGAAGAUUUUCCAAUUGAUCCCAACUGAGGAGAGUAUUAUUUGUUGGACUGAUCUGCCCAUCAGGCGGUGAGCUGAAACGUUUCCCAGGGUUUUCACCAAAAAGUUCUGACGGAUCCGUCUACUGAAAACCGGGGUUGUGACUGUGUGGGUGGUCUGGAGUGCCUAUUAAACAUUGUCAGGGCCCUCAGAAUGGGGUCCUGCUUAUCUGCAGAAAGCAGGAGCCCUCGAGCUGGUUCUUCAUCUUCUCCUUCUCUGGGGAUCAAGAAGAGGAGGAACCCCAAUAGGAAAAUGGGGUCGCGGGGUUCUUUUGACUACUGGAGGGAUGAGCGAUUGUACAGGAUUCCGGGGAGGUUGUUUCUGAAUGGGUCUAGUGACAUUGCUUCACUUUUUACCCAACAAGGCAAGAAAGGAGCCAACCAGGAUGCCAUGAUUGUUUGGGAGGAUUGGAUCCUUGAUUCUUCACAAUUCUUGCCAAAGACCAGGACAUCGAUCAUGAACUUUAUCCACUCCAUUUCAAAUCAUAUCCUUUACUCUACUUUUCAGAAUUUUGGCUCAAGAACAGAUACGAUUUUCUGUGGUGUUUUUGAUGGCCAUGGGCCCUUAGGUCACAUGGUUGCAAAGAGAGUGAGAGAUUCGCUUCCCUUAAAGCUGAGUGCACAGUGGGAAGUCAAUGUAAGCAGUGAGAUCAAUCUGAAUAAUGCAGGAACCAUAAACUCUGAAGAUUCUCCUAUUAUAUCAGCUGAUGAGGAAUCUAGGGCAUCUGUUGAUCUUGAGGAUACUGAAAAGCCCCCUGAGAUUUUUCAGACACUGAAAGAGUCUUUUCUGAAGGCUUUCAGAGUGAUGGACAGGGAGCUCAGAGUGCAUGCAAACAUUGAUUGUUUCUGUAGUGGGACAACAGCUGUGACUUUGAUCAAGCAUGGUCAAUAUCUUGUCAUUGGAAAUGUUGGGGACUCCAGAGCUGUAAUGGGUACAAGGGAUGAAGACAAUUCCCUUAUUGCAGUUCAAUUGACUGUUGAUCUGAAACCAAACCUUCCAGCGGAAGCAGAAAGAAUCCGGAGAUGUAGAGGUCGGGUGUUUGCUCUUCAGGAUGAACCCGAGGUUGCCCGAGUUUGGCUUCCAAACACUGACUCACCUGGUCUUGCUAUGGCACGAGCUUUUGGAGAUUUUUGUCUGAAAGAUUUUGGCCUGAUUUCAGUGCCUGAAAUAUCUUAUCGACAGCUGACAGACAAGGAUGAAUUUGUUGUCUUGGCUACAGAUGGAAUUUGGGAUGUUCUCUCAAACAAGGAAGUAGUAGACAUUGUAGCUGCAGCACCAGCACGAUCCUCAGCAGCUCGAGCCUUGGUGGAGUCAGCAAUUAGAGCUUGGAGAUACAAGUACCCAACUUCAAAAAUUGACGACUGUGCUGUCGUCUGCCUCUUCCUGGAUUCUGAGUUGAUCAAUGUAUCCACUGCUUCCAAUUCCAAGCCUAACUUAGACCAAGUCGAGAAUGGCUUGACUGGUCCAAUCAGUCUGGACCGCUCAGGAACCAUCCGAACUGAUAAGGAAAUGCCUGCAGAAGAAACUGAAGAUUCCAGAAAUCAGGAAGAAUUCAACUCAGAAUUAGGAACCGACUGGUCCGCCCUCGAAGGAGUUUCCCGUGUCAAUACCCUCUUAAAUCUGCCUAGGUUUGUGCCAGGAAAAACUGGAUAACAAGGCUGCUGGCAGUGACCAAGGCAAGAAACUUGGUUACUAUUUUACAUCUUACUUUUGUUGUUUCCAUCAUCUCUUAUAUAUUUCUUUUGGUUAAUGUUAAAUUUGGACCGGAGAGGUGGCCCCGGCUGUAUUAGUGUGUCUGGGAAAAUUGUCCUUUCUCUCUAGUGUGGGUAGAAUUGGAGUUUUUGUAAAAUCCAGCUCUCCUGUCUAUUUCUCUUAUUUUUGCUUUUUUUGAAAAUUCCAGGUGUGAUUUAUUGGGUAAUUGUAUGUUAAUAAUUUUGUGACAAUGAAAUGAAAUGAUCUUCUGUUGAGAUGAAGAUGAGGGUUUAUUUUCUCUUUAAUAAUGUUCGAAUAUAAAUCUGAAACAUUU